AUGUUUCUAGGAUCUAUUCAUAUAAUAUUAUUGCUUAGUUUUUUUCAAUUAUACGAAUUAUGUCCACAUGAAUAUCGUGCUACAGAUGAAAAUCAUUCGUAUUGUUCACAACCAUUUCCAAACGUAAUUGACCAACGCGUUACUCCAUCUGAACGUAUAAAUAUUUUGAAAAUUCAUAAUUAUGAACGACAACUUGUUCAUGGAACUAAUAUGGAAAAGAUGUACUGGAAUCAGGAUUUAGCUGAAAUUGCUCUUCGUUAUGCUCGUGGAUGUAAAUUCGACCAUGAUAAAGCCAAUCAACGGAGUGUACCAAAAAUUCCAUUGUCAACAGGACAAAAUUUAGCUAUGGGUUACGAAAAUUGGACUCAGGCAAUUGGAGGUUGGGUUGACGAGAAAGAAUAUUAUUUACAUGGUUAUCCAUCAACUGGUAUUGUUGCUCAUUAUACUCAGAUGAUUUGGCAUUCAGCAGUAUUAGUUGGUUGUGCAGCUACUAUUUGUCCACCUUAUAGGCCAUAUGAGAUUCCAUGGCCUUUUUAUGUUUGCAAUUAUAUUACUGGACAAUUGAAUAGUAACGUUUAUCCACCUUAUAAUCAGGGUGUUGGUGAUUAUCCAUUACACGACUGUCAUGGUAAAGUAUGUUUAUAUAAUGGUACUCUUGAUUUAAAUACUUGUCAAUGUCAAUGUUCUACAUAUGCAAGUGGUUCACAAUGUGAACGAUUAAAUUGUUCGAAAUUACCACUAUGUCCAUAUUAUUCUUCAGACGCAUGUGUUCUUGUUAAUGUUCCAUUAGAAUGUCCUCGUCUUUGCGGUUUAUGUGAUCGAUAUGAAAUAUUAAAACAAGUUUAUGGAGAAAAUAAUCUGGCACCAAAUACACCGUUAAUUAAACGAACAACAAAAACAACGACAAUCAAAAGUACAACGAAGAAAAAAAGUCAUGGUCGAAAAUUAAAGACAACAUUACGAUAUCAGUUCUAA